AUCGGCUCCUUUAAACUCUCACUAUUGCAUUUGUGGCCGCCCUGCCGCCAAUUCUUCCUCUCAUUCGGACUCAGGAGUCGUCGUCAUCAUUGCUAAAAGAUGGUGAGGAUUAGCGUGCUGAAUGACGCCCUGAAGAGCAUGUACAAUGCUGAGAAGAGGGGGAAGAGACAGGUCAUGAUCAGGCCUUCAUCAAAAGUGAUUAUCAAGUUUCUUAUGGUGAUGCAGAAGCAUGGAUACAUUGGGGAGUUUGAGUAUGUCGAUGAUCACAGAUCUGGAAAGAUUGUAGUUGAGCUGAAUGGGAGGUUGAACAAGUGUGGAGUAAUCAGUCCCCGUUUUGAUGUUGGCGUGAAAGACAUUGAAAGUUGGACUGCAAGGUUGCUUCCAUCAAGACAGUUUGGAUACAUUGUGCUGACUACUUCUGCCGGAAUCAUGGACCACGAAGAAGCCAGGAGAAAGAACGCCGGUGGAAAGGUUCUCGGUUUCUUCUACUAAUAGGCUUCUUAUCAAGAAAGAUAUGUUCCCUAUUGUCAACUUUCUUUGCUUACGCAUCCCCCCUUCAGAAUAUUUAUUUCAAUGCUUGCUUCUUUUUUAGUUUUGGUUUUCUCUUCUCCCCCAUGGGUUGAGUAGAUUUUGGUGCAUCAUAUCUUUUCAGAAAGAUUACAUUGUUCACUUUUGUAUUUUGAGUUUUGCAGGAUUACAAUCCCACCCUCCACAUCUAUUUAUAGACCUUUUGCAUUAAUCCCUCCCCUUUUAAUUACUAGUGCUUAUGCCAUACGUAUGGAUGUAUCGAGUGACUAAAUACUUUUUUUUGUCGCUUAAUUGAUUUUAUAAAUGUUGUGAACUUUUUUUAUUGUAAAUUUGAGGCUCCUCUUUAAGAAAUUCUAUUUGCAAGU